AUGCAGUGGAGCGAGGAUCAGCGCGCACUGGUGGCCCAACUCCUCAGCGCUCCUCCCCAAGUUGCUCUUGCGCAUUUCGCCUGGGUGCCUCCGCACCCGACCGUGCAGACGGAGGCAGAGCAUUGUGUUGCAGUGCCUAUCCAUGUGGCCCUGGGAUGGUGGGAGCUGCGCGUGCUGCUGACGCUGGGUCAGCCCGUACUGGACCUCGUCGCAAACUUGGGCAAACGCGAUCGCAAGGCCAACUGCUGGCAAAGCAGCUCGGGCGUCCUGUACGCAGCCUGCUACCUUCGCGUGUGGCAGCUUCUCCGCCUCGGCGAGUAUAUGAACAAGCCGCACAUCAGCAACGCCGAGACGGCCGGGGACUACAUCGAGGCCCUGCGAAGAGCGCAGAUCUGGAUGUGUUCUUUGCGCGGGGAAUUGGCAGGCUCUGUUGGGUAUAAACUUCGUUGUCCAGCGGGCGAUGCCCGGUCACCCUUGGGCCGAAGUGCUCCGACAUGCAGCCGGGUGCAUCGAAGAGGCGCGGUGUCCACGAACCACCGAAACCUCAGCCUGGCUAAGUCUGCCCUGCAGGCUGUGGAUCUGGUCGAGCAAGAGGAGCAAGACGACGGCGCUUUCGACCUCCGCGGCUUCAACGGCCGUCUCGUCCGCUUGCCUUUCGUGGCUCCUCCCUCAGCUUCAGCUCGCCUGUUGCAUCCCCGUCAUGAAAGCUCAGCGAGGUUCAUCCCGGCCGGUGGUAACGGAGAUCGCCGCGACGUGCUCUCGGAGUGGCAGCCUCAGUCUAAACAAUUUGAGGGCUUCGCAUGUCCGGGGCACUCACUACUUGAGGUACAAGAGAACGCCCGCAAUGGAGCUGAAACGGCACGAGAGUGCUCCCAGUACGGUGCACAGCAAUGCAGCAACGGCGCGAGAAAAUGUAAGAUGCAGAGCAUGGGAAUGCUAGGCAACGUACUGCUUGACAAGGCAAUGUGUCUGCAACACCAAGAUGUUGCUCGGUAUGCCUGCAGCUGUCAGAGUUUCAGUUGUAGCACCUCGGAGAUAAAGCACAGGCCCGUCAUGAACCAUGGAGCACCGCCGAACUGCACUCCCCUCGUCUUAACUUGCGCUCUGGCGUGGAACGAUGGCCCCGAAGCAACAUUGUGGACAGCAGGCGGCCGUGUACUGGGACCCAUUCGCUGGCAGGACGCUUGGCAAGAACUUGUGAAGAAGGCAGGCGCAGAGGCGCACGCGAGCUUCGACAUUGCCGACAUCAUCGUGGCAGCGAGGCGAGAAGCACUGAAGGACGGCCUAGACUGCAGCGAAACACCAGUAAUUGUAGUCGUGAAUCGACGUCGGCAACCAGAAGAGAGGCGCAUCAUGAGCCUCGGUGGAAUGCCAAGCAGCUGCUUGCGCAUCGUCGCCGCGGGGUGCCCCGCCGCGGAUCUUCUGCAACUGGCUGCGGCGGGCGUGGCGAUUCGCAGUGCCCUGUCACCUGAAACAGCGAUGCUCAAUCUGCACCGACAGGCGGUGGCGGAGCAACUCAGUGGGUUGGUGCAUCAUGGCCUCCUACACCCAUCCAUGCGAGGUCGUCUGAACGUUCUCGUGGAGUGGGACGCCGCCUUACGCCUCCAUCCCCUCUCCUGGGUUCAGCAUCGCUGGAACGUCAAUCUGCAAUGCGAGCGUGCGUGCAACGAAAACGACGAAGACGUCCUGCUGCAUCUCAAUGCUGCCAACGCCAACCGACCCGAAGUGGGCACGAUCUGGAGAUCCCUUUUGGAGAACUUGAGCCACUGGUACUUGAUGCUGGAUCUUCUGCCGCAACACCAGGGCAGACUCUUUGGCUUCGGCCCGCAGCGUCCGGAAGUCGUCAGCUUCUGCAUGCUGCGCUACGACUUCGGAAGCUUCGCCGUCGUGCUCGUGUGCUACGAAGUGGAACCGUUCUGGGAGGGUUGGCUACACCACGACAGCAGCACGGGCUCGCCGUCGCCCGUGUCCACAGGCAGCUCGGCAAGUGGCCCCUGA